AUGGAUAAAACAUGGAUGCAUAUUGAAGAUAGAUUGCAGUCCAAUGAAUAUGGUGAAGGUGUUAGACAAUUCAUGACUUUGGCACAAGCCAAUUCACCGGGAUCAGAUCGCAUCCGGUGUCCAUGUAAGCGAUGCCGAAAUAGAGCUUUCCAGCCUUUUAAUCUGGUGGAAAAUCACUUGUUUAUCAUAGGGAUUGAUCCAAACUAUACUGAAUGGAUAUUCCAUGGAGAAGAUGAUCCGUUCCUACACACUACAUUUUCUGAUGAUGAAGGUGAUGAUGCAUCAGAUGUUGAUGAGUAUAUUGAUGAUGUGGACGAUCUUUUAGAUGACGUUCGGAUGGGGUCGUUUAUGGAUAAUACAGCUACAAAUGAUGGAGAUGCAGACAUUGAUGAUGAACCACACACCUCGACUACUCCAUCCUUCCUGAGUUUCGAGGAGUUGGUUGCCGAUGCACGACGUCCACUUUAUCCUUCAUGUUCAAAGUUUUCAAAGCUGUCAUUUAUAGUGAAGUUGCUUCACAUCAAGACAAUUGGUGGUUGGACGGUGAAGUCCUUUAAUAUGGUUAUCAAGUUAUUGCAAGCCGCAUUCCCGGAAGCUGUUUUCCCUAACUCAUAUAACGACGCCCGCCGAUUGGAGCGUGGUUUAGGAUUUAGUUACGAAAAAAUUGAUGUUUGUCCAAAUGAUUGUGCCUUAUUUUGGAAGGAAAAUGUUGAGUACAAUGAAUGCCCUAAAUGUAGUGCAUCUAGGUGGAUUUCAAGCACAAGUAACCAACGGCGGAUACCCCAAAAAGUUCUCCGAUAUUUCCCUCUGAAGCCGCGUCUACAAAGACUUUUUAUGUCAAAGAAAACAGCUAAAGCCAUGAGAUGGCAUGUAGAAGAACGUGUUGACGAUCCAACUUGCAUGACACAUCCAGCUGAUUCUAGGGUAUGGAAAGACUUUGAUUCUAGACAUGGGUGGUUUUCUCAAGAUCCUCGAAAUGUUAGACUUGGUCUAGCAAGUGAUGGUUUUAACCCAUUCAACAACAUGAGCAAACCGUACAGCAUUUGGCCGGUAUUACUCGUUCCUUACAACUUGCCCCCUUGGUCAUGCAUGAAAGAUCCAUACACCAUGUUGUCAUUAUUAAUUCCGGGCCCUAAAGCACCAGGAAAUGAUAUUGAUGUAUUCUUGCGCCCUCUUAUUGAUGAGUUGAUGGAGUUAUGGGAAGAGGGUAUUAAUACAUAUGAUGCAUACAAUGGGCAAACUUUUAAAUUGCAUGCUUCAUUGCUUUGGACUAUCAAUGACUUCCCCGCAUAUGCCAAUCUUUCUGGGUGGAGCACAAAGGGCAAGAUGGCAUGCCCUGCAUGUACAGCUGAGACAGAUUCCAUGUGGUUGCUCUAUGGCCACAAACAUUGUUAUAUGGGUCAUCGACGAUGGUUGCCGCGAGACCACAAUUGGAGACGAAAAAAAAGUGCUUUUAAUGGGUACGUUGAGCAUCGGCUCCAACCAUCUAGGGUUUCUGGAGAGGAUUUGCUCCAACAGUUACUAGGGGUCUCACAUGUUCAGUUUGGUAAAUCAUCAACGAAGAGGAAACGGAUGCCCAACGAACUUAAUUGGACAAAAAAAAGUAUUUUCUUUGAGCUUCCCUAUUGGCUAAACUUGGGAUUGAGACAUAAUCUCGACGUAAUGCAUAUUGAAAAAAACAUAUGCGAUAAUGUUUUGGGAACGUUGAUGAAUAUUGAAGGAAAAAGUAAGGAUUCUGCUAAUGCCCGUAGGGAUUUGGCUAAUCUUGGGAUAAGGAAAGAAUUACACCUACAACAUGAGGGUGACCGUGUGUCUAUGAGUCUUCCAUGCUAUAUGUUAAACUUGAAUGAGCGACAGAGAUUCUGUGCGUGGUUGUCAGAAGUCAAAUUUCCUGAUGGUUAUGCCGCUAAUAUUGCUCGGUGCGUCAAUGUUAGUGAAGGCAAAAUCAAAGGAAUGAAGAGCCAUGAUUGUCAUAUAUUUAUGCAAACACUGCUGCCGGUUGUGAUUGGUGGGUUUUUACGACCUGAUGUUCGUCAAGCUUUGAUAGAGCUAAGCUCGUUUUUCAAGGAGUUAUGUUCACGAACUUUGACCUACUCAGUGUUGCAUCAGCUUGAAGCUAACAUCCCCAUUAUUCUCUGUAAAUUAGAGAUGAUCUUCCCUCCUGCAUUUUUUGAUAUCAUGGUGCACCUUGCAAUUCACUUGCCAGAGGAGGCAUUAUUGGCAGGGCCUGUGCAGUAUAGAUGGAUGUACCCGUUUGAGAGGUAUUUAGGGAAGUUUAAGCGGUACGUUCGUAAUAGAGCCCGUCCAGAAGGCUCAAUUGCCGAGGCAUAUGUUCAUCUUGAAUGUCUAACAUUUUGCUCUAUGUACCUUCAUGAUAUUGAGACUAGAUAUAAUCGAGGUGAACGCAAUAGUGAUUUGGCCAUCGACUCGACUGAGUCGAGCAAGGGUCCCCGUUUAUCGGUUUUUUCACAAAAGGUCCGCCCAUUGGGGAAAGUUAUCUCUCAUAGAUUACCAGACACACAAAUGGCAAAGGCCCGGUGGUAUGUUCUUAAUAAUUGCAUGGAGGUUGAGCAAUACAUUGAGGAGCACUAUAACAAGAUCAAAGAGGAGGACCCCAAUAACAUCGAUCGUAGGCACCAAAAUCAAUUCCCAUCGUGGUUUAGAUCACGCAUUCGAGAGUUGCGUGCAUUUAGUCCUGAUGACGUCACCGAUGACAUCUACACAUUAGCAUGUGGUCCCGAUCCAUGGGUUGGUUCAUAUGCUGGAUGUAUAAUGAAUGGAAUUCGGUUUCAUACGAAAGAGCGUGAAAAGCAUCGUCGCACCCAAAACAAUGGGGUGGUGGUCACUAGCGAGCAUCAGGGAACCCACGUUGACUACUACGGUGUAUUGAAUGACAUUAUAGAAUUACGCUAUAUGGGUUGGCGUAAGGUUUACUUGUUUAGCUGUACUUGGUGGGACAUUGGGGACCCAAGGAGGGGGAUACAUGUUAGGGACCAUCUAAUUAGUGUGAAUAUGGCUAGGCAAUUAUAUAAAGAUGAGCCUUUCGCCUUAGCAUGCCAAGCAUUGCAAGCGUUUUACCUAAAAGACCCGACCUUGGGGGGAAGUUGGCAUGUUGUACAUAAGAUUACGAGUAGGAAUGUUUUCAACAUUCGGUCGAUGACCCCAAGAGAGGAUGAGGAUGAUGAUGACGAAUCCUCUAGGGGUCAAUCGGAAGAUGAGGGUGACGCUAAUGGCAACAACUAUGGACCUGUUAUGGAGAGUGACUCAGCCAUACCGAAUCCAUUGCAUCGAGUCGAUGAACAACAUUUGCCCAUUGAUCCAUCUAUUCUAUCACGUCGACACCUUACCCAACCAGUUGACGAUGACGUCUUUAUUGAUGAUGACAUGCAUGACAAUGAGGAUGGGAUGAUUAACAUAAAUGAUGAGAAUAACUCUGGUAGUGAGUCCGAUCAUCAACAUGAUCAGGACUCAGAUGAUGAUGAUGUUUCUGCAUGA